UGCCUGACGGCGGAGGCGUCAGACGUCACGACGCACUCUCCCCCAAACAAUACUCGGGGAAAAAGCCACGUUGACGUCUCGGACUGAAGAGUAAACCGGACUGAAGAGUCAAUUUUGGCCAGAAUAGCAGCGAAAUUCGCGCGUGGUCGGUGGUAUUUUGUGUCUGUGAGGACUGUGGAGUAGGGCCGCCAUGUCAUCACCACCGAAGGAGAAAGUGGAGACCAAAGGCGGACAUCCUCCCGCAGUGAAGGCCGGAUGCAUGAGGAUAGUGCAGAAGCAUCAGCCGACUCCUGCGCCAGCACCGCCACAGAAAGAUGAUGAAGAGGAGUAUGAGACCAGCAGUCCGCCCAAGGUUCCGGUGGUUGUAUCUGGAGUGGUGACAAAGGGUGAUAGGGACUUCACCCCGGCAGCUGCCCAGGUGGCCCACCAGAAGCCCCAGCCUGGCAUCCCGAAGCUGCCCCCCAGCCAGCACAUCAACCAGCACAUCCACCAGCCCCGCAAGUGAACCAGCCGGAGGACGCUGGCACGGCUGCGUGACCGCCACCCGCUGGCCUCCCUGACCCGACGCACGUGUUGAUGUUUCCUCAGCAGGCACAGAUCCCAACCGCAGAGUCCGAAAUCAUUUUUGUCCAACGUUGCUUUAACUAAUCUAUCGAACGCCUAAUUCCAAAGUGGUCGCAGCGGAAGUCUAAAACCUAUUAUUAGCUCAGCACUUUUGGUCCUUCCCUCGUGAGGACCGUUGAGUCUUAAGGCAGUCCAGCGUGUCGUCUAAACCGCCUGCCAUUAUAAAAGAAGCAAACAAGUAAAUCAGUUUCAUAUCUGCGCCUGUAGGGUGAACUGUCAUGACGACGCGCCACCACCACCACCACCAGCCAUAAACCACCUCCGGCCUUCGACCCAUGACCUUCGCAGACCAAGAGAGCCAAUCGUGACAUGACAAGGAUGCAGUUUCUACACAAAAAUAAGAAGUAAACAUCACACCUGGCCCAAACACUGUCACCUCCAGUGGCAGAAGAAACAUUCCGUUAGGUUCCAGAAGAUUUUUUGUUGUCAGAAUCAGCCUGUAUAAAGAAGCUUUAGAUGAUUCAGAGCCAUUUUUUGAUUUUGAAUUGAACAGGCAAUUGUCUCAUUUCACUCAUUAAAACAGCACAUUUGAUCCAAGUCUCUACACUCAUUGCUAAAUAAAAGUGAAAUCAAAAGAAAAAAAUCUAUAAUUUAACUUGCCAUAUUUCACUCUGACACUUCUGAAAGGGCUUCUAGUUUUUCUAAUGCAUCGUUUCCAUAAAUAUAGUUCCAUCGACAACUUGCAACCUGAAAAUGACUUCCAAAGAAGUCAUUUUCCUUUGUUAUUCGGCACCUUCAAAUCUUCAAUUUAACCAAAUUUGUGAUCAUUCUUGUUUAGGAAUGACCUACAUCUGAGUGGUAAUGCCUUAAAUUGGAAAGAUACUUAAUUUUUUGGGGACAUUUUCAGUCUCGCUCCAGUUUUAUCUCACUUUAUUUCUAGUUUUCACAGCUUUUGCUUUACCAAAACUGCAUGCUUCGGUUUCAGCUGUUAACUCACUAUAUGUGACGUAUAGUCAUGGGGCGAACACACAAACACGUCUCAGCCGUCUGCAUUAUUCCAGAGCGUAUAUUUUUCUAGCUCGCAGCAACUGCAUUGUGCUUCAUCUGUUCUUGGCAGCGUUAUCAAAGUUUCAUAUGAAAGGCUCGGGAGUGAAGUCCAGCAGUGCCUCUAGACAUCCUGCUUGAUAUAUCUGCUUCUGUUUGGCUUGUGUACCUCAGAAUCAACACGCUUAGUGAGUUUGAGCAGAAACAUGGACUGUAAUUCAAAUUAAAGCGUCCACACGUCCGUAAAGUCACUCGCACUGUUGUUCUAGGCUUCAGCCAAAGUCUUAGUUUUCAAACGCUUUGUUUACAUAUCGUCUGAGCACCCUUCUCCUUAAUCCACUUACUCUCAAGUGUCAACGGUUGCAACACUAAUGUUCAGGUUUUCUGGAAAUAAAGUAUUGUAUCGCACCAAUAAAAGAAGUAAUGGCUGUUAAUAUAAUUAAGAGUUUUAUUUUGUCUUUGUUCGCUGUUCUUUUAUGAAGUGAAACUGUUCAAAUUGUACAAAUCUUAAACGGUUGAGUGGACGUAGGUGUAGGGCUGGUUGUCUUAUCAAUAAAGAAGUACUUGAGCAUCA